CUGCCCGCCGGAAUCACUUUCAUUAUCGAAAAAUUCAAAAAAAAGUCGGUUACUUUCGGUAAAGCUCUUCCUUCACCGUUUCAUUAGAAAAUGUUUUGCUUCCUCUAGACUACUCCCCGUUGGUGCUGUUUCCCAUAUCAGUUACCUCCACUUUCCUUCUCUCUCCCGAAACCAGUUUCCUUCUUUCUUCCCCCGGCGAGCUUUGAAAUUCCGACAUAUCAGUUGAGUUGUUGAGGUGUGCUGCUGAGAUUAAGGGAUGAUUGUUUCGGCUCUCUUUACUUCGGUCGGGAUCAAUCUUGGCCUCUGUUUCCUCUUCUUCACGCUAUACUCUAUACUCAGGAAACAACCUAAAAACGUCCCCGUCUACGCUCCGCGCUUGUUUCAUGAGAGACAAUCUCAGCAGAGGGAUGAUUUCAGCUUGGAAAGGCUACUGCCGUCUCCUGGUUGGCUGAAAAGGGCUUGGCAGCCCUCCGAAGAUGAACUUUUGUCUGAUUCAGGCUUUGAUGCUGUUGUGUUUAUGCGCAUUUUUAUCUUCAGUUUGAGAGUGUUUACCUUUGCCGGUAUAAUUGGGAUCCUUGUUCUUCUUCCAAUUAAUUAUUUGGGAAACCAGCUAACGGCUGAUUAUGAUAUUUCACAUUUGCCAUACAAAACUCUGGACUCUUUCAGCAUCUCAAAUGUCAACAAUGGUUCAAAUUGGUUAUGGGUUCACUUUUGCGCUGCAUAUAUUUUCACUGGAUUUGUCUGCUAUCUUCUGUAUUAUGAGUACAACCAUAUUUCAUUGAAAAGAAUUUCUUACUUCUAUUCUUCCAAACCUCAGCCACAUCAGUUCACGAUAUUAGUCCGUGGCAUCCCUGCUCCUCCUGGGAGUAGUUUCAGUGAAACUGUUGGCAACUUUUUCACAGAGUAUCAUCCCUCAACUUAUCUUUCACAUUCAAUGGUUCACCGUACCAGCAAACUUAGAAGUCUCAUUGAUGAUGGAGAGAAGCUGUGUAAAAGGCUCACUCAUUUAAAAUCAACAAGUUCUCAACGGAGAUAUAGGCGUGAUGGAUUUUUAGGGCUUUUUGGACGAAAAGUUGAUAUUGUUGAUCACUAUGAGAAGAAGUUGGAAGAAUUAGAAGACAAAGUGAGACUGAAGCAAUCUCAAUCUGCAUUGCCAGUAGAGGAAGCCCCAGCAGCUUUUGUGUCAUUUAAGUCAAGGUUUGGUGCUGCGAUAGCUGUGCACAUCCAACAAGGCAUUAAUCCUACACAGUGGGUGACUGAACGAGCUCCCGAGCCUAAAGAUGUUUACUGGCCUUUCUUUUCUGCUUCAUUUAUAAAAAGAUGGAUCUUGAAGCUAGUGGUGGUUGUUGCGUAUAUUGCUGUUACAAUUCUAUUCCUUAUUCCUGUUGUAUUUGUGCAAGGUCUCGCCAAUCUAGACCAGCUGGAGACCUGGUUUCCCUUUCUGAAAGGCAUAUUGAGUGUUGCAUUUAUCAGUCAAGUGAUUACGGGAUAUCUUCCCAGUCUUAUACUUCACUUGUUCCUAUCUGUUGUGCCACCCAUCAUGAUUCUCUUUUCCUCCAUGCAAGGAUAUAUUUCCAUCAGCCAAAUAGAGAAAAGUGCAUGCACCAAGAUGCUAUGGUUCACUGUAUGGAAUAUUUUCUUUGCAAACGUACUCUCUGGAUCUGCUCUAUAUAUGGUCAAUGUCUUCCUUGAGCCCAAGAAAAUUCCAAGUGUGCUAGCUGAAGCUGUUCCAGCACAGGCCUCAUUCUUCAUUUCAUAUGUUGUGACAUCUGGCUGGACCAGUCUGUCAUCCGAACUCUUUCGCCUAAUUCCUCUCGUUUGCAGUUUCAUAAAGGGACUGUUUGGAAGGAAAGAUAUGGAUGAUUUUGAGGUUCCAUCGGUACCUUACCACAGUGAAAUUCCCAGGAUCCUCUUCUUUGGACUUCUUGGUGUAACGUACUUUUUCCUUGCUCCACUUAUUCUACCAUUCAUCUUGGUUUAUUUUUGCAUGGGAUAUAUCAUCUACCGCAACCAACUGUUGAAUGUAUAUGCACCCAAGUUUGAAACUGGUGGGAAGUUUUGGCCAAUAGCGCACAAUUCGACAAUUUUUUCCUUGGUUCUGAUGCAUGUCAUUGCAAUUGGAAUAUUUGGGCUUAAGAAGCUUCCCCUGGCAUCCAGUUUAAUCAUUCCUCUUCCAGUUCUUACACUUCUUUUUAAUGAGUACUGCAGGAAGAGGUUCUUGCCCAUAUUCAAAGCUUAUCCUACAGAGUGUUUGAUAAAGAAAGAUAGAGAAGACCUGAAUGAUCCCAGCAUGCCCCAGUUUCUUGAAAAUUUAGACGCUGCAUAUCAUGAUCCAGCUUUGAUGCCAAUCCAGUAUUCUAGCAGCACAGAUGGACACAAUUCUCCCCUUCUCAGAGCAGCUGAAGUUUGAAGUUGGUAAAAUAUUCUUCUAAGUUCUAAUGGCUUCUGGACAUUGAUAAGCAGCCAUGUCUGGUUCUGGUAGUAUUCUAGCUUUGUAGAUAGUUUGGUGAUGCUAACAAAAGGAAAUCCCUUCUGUUCAUAUACUGAGAUGAAACCUUUCCAAAAAUGAGGUUGUGUACCUGUAUGUACAUUCGCUCUCUGUUCAAUUGUAUCUCCAAGAAAUUUCUUAAUGGCUUGGUUUCCAUAGCUUCUGCAUAUAAUUUUCAUGUUCUAGAAUUUUGGAUUCUAAUACUCCAAUGAACAUUUUCCAUCUUU